AUGGCGGAGACUCAGGAGCUGCUGGAUGCGCUGACGGAGCAUCUCGGCGCGUUCCACCGCACCGCAUGCCGUCGCGAGGCCCAAGCUCAACGCGCGUCUUUGUCGUCAUCCAAUUCCGCCCCUGCGAGAGUCUCGGGCCAGGCGGAACCACGUCAGCGACGGUCAUCAAGAGGGACCACUAAAGGCGCGACUACUAACGCUCCCAAAAUUUCUCCCACGCGUUCACCGAAGGAGCUGAUUCAGGCAUGGCUGAAGCAGCUAGAUGUGGAGUCAAGGCGGCGAAUUUUCACGGUAGUUGACCCGCAGUGGACGCAGAUUCUUCUUCAGAUGGCAGCUCACGUGCGCAUGAACGGCCCGGGUCAGUUUAUCGUUCUCUUUGAUAUGCUCGAGCAGACCCCCGUUACAGUCACCCAGGAGGCCUCGCACAAGGCAACUCCGGUUGCGGAGUGCCCGGCGCUGUCGCGGGUGGAGAGGGUGGAGCGAUGGUGGCAGGAGAAGCAGGGCGCUGGUGGCGCGGAGGCAAAGGCGCUUCAGGGCGCCGUGUGCCUUGCAGCCAAGGCCGAGGCCCUGGCAACUGUGAGGCAAGCCGAGGCCGCUCGCUUGCACUUGUCCCAGCACCACCUCCUCCGCAUCAUCCACCGCAACCGAGCCUCCCUGCACCCCUCACUGCUCGCUGCCCGUCACUCCGUCUCCCGCCACUUGUGCUCAGCCAGUGACAGCAGCAGCAGCAGCAGCAGCAUCGUGGGUCCUGCCACUGACAGCAGCAGCAUUGGUCUUGCUCACAGCACCAACGUGAGCUCUCCUAAUGACGCCAGCAGCAUCUGCUCUGCCUGCAUCCCUUCCGGCACAACCGCCUGCCCAAGCACCACCCCGUGCGCCCUUCUCCUGGACGGGCUGUUCCUGAAUCCCUGCUCCCAGUGCGGCCCUCCCAUUGCCUUCUCCGCUCACUCCUGGGAUCGCCUCGGCCGCUCUCCUGCUGGCCCCUGGCUCGCCGGCCUUCUUGCCCUCAUGGACCUCGCUCCGCUCCUUGCUGCUGCCAACGCGGGUCGUGGGGUUGGGAAGGAGAGUGGUGCUGCUGCUGCUGCUGCUGCUGCUGCUGGUGCUGGUGUUGUGCCCACAUGGUGUGCAUCGGAGAAGCUCUUGCAAUCGUGUUGGGUGGACGAGCCGUUUCAGGCGUUUCACGCGCGUUACCCUGGUGUGUUGGGGCCGCCUAGGGAGCUUCACAUCCUGGAACCCCCUCUCCCAUACCCCGCUCCCUCUCACGCCGCACUCUCCCACCAUGUCUCUGGCUGGCAGUCAGGCCAUCUAGCCCACAACAACCCUCACCCGCCCCACCUGCCCCAUCAUCCCCAUCUGCCUCAUCUUCCCAACCUACCCCACCCGCCUCACCUACCCCAAAGUGCCAGUUACACCUCAUCAAGCCCUACCCCAGACCAGCUACACGUGCACCAUCCCUCACACCCCACUGCUUCCCCCGCGCCCGCCCUUGUCACCUCCCGUCCUCUCCCUCACAGCCUGCCUGAGCCAGUGGUUGUGGCGCCGCCUGUGGUCCCUGAGGCUGUAACCAGGGAUGGGGAGCAACGGAAGGAUGGGGGCUCAUUGGAAAGGGAGGAUGUGGAUUUUGGUGUGGAGACUGGCGAAGGAAGGAGGGUGGGGAUGGCGACGGGUGGACAAGCAGGAGAGGCAGGGAUGCGAGCAGAGACAAGUGGGGCGAGUGGCACAGGUUGGGGAGGAAUGGAGGGGGAGAAUUACCAGAUGUUGGAGGAGGAUUUUGCCGAGUUUGUGGGCGGUGCGGGCGACAGGGGGUACUUCUCAGAGGACGAGAGCGUUCCGCUGGUAGCCCAGCGACGAGGGGUGUUUUACCCCCGGAAUUACCGGUCGGGGAGGGGGAUGUACGGAAAAGAGGCCAUGCACGGAGCCAUGGGUCCAGCCGGAAUGGGGUGGGGCGGAGGUGCUGGUAUAGGGGCAAUACAGGGCCCAUCGGGACACAGAAUUCCAGGGAUGGGGGCGGGUAUGCUUGGGGGAGGUGCACCUGAGGGAGGUAUGCUUGGUGGUAGAGGUGCUGGCGGCAGCAGCGGUGCUGAAGAGACGCGAUUCUCUUAUGAUGAUAACGAUGUGGACUAUAGGAACGUGUUUGGCGGAGGGGUGUUUUACUGGAACAUGGCGGAUUACCGCGGGGCCAGCGCGAGCGGGGGCGCGUCCCGCACGGGGUCAUCUCUCGGGUCCGAGGAUAGCUCGUGGCUGAGACGAGAGGCGGAUGUGAGGCUGAUUGUGGAUGAUAUAGUGCUGGGUUUUCCGAUCUCGGGGUCGAUUUCGGGGUCGUAUCCGCCUGGUAUGGGCCUGUCGACUGCUGCGUCGACUGACCGGUCGAGUAUUCCGUCUCCUAGUUCUACUGCCUCAGAUACGAGGGACGGGAUUGCAGGGACUGAUUGUGGUGAAAGGGAGGGUGGUGGUCGUGCAAGGGACGCUGGCAGUGCUGGCAGUGCUGGCAGUGCUGGCAGUGCUGGCAGUGCUGGCAGUGCUGGCAGUGAGUGCGUUACUGCACAUGGUGAGGCGCACGAAAGCAGCAGUGCGCGUCCUGCUGUAGCAGCAAGGGCAGGUGCCGGUGGUGAAACAGCUUCCACCACUGCGAUUUGCAACGCUGACGUCACCAAGCCUGCCACCGCUGCUGAUACCACCAAGAAUACUGCCAUGCCUGCCGCCGAGUCUACUGCAGGUGCGGAUUCGGCUGCUUUGGUGGUGAGAGGGGAGGCAGAUGGUAGUGGUACAGGGGAACGGGGAGCAGGGGUUGGAAGUGAGGGGCAGGCCUUUCCAACUGCAGUUGAGACGGUGGAAGAAUUAGGGCUUGGAAGUGAAGGGCACCUGCUGAGCUCAGGGCUGACAGAGGCUAAGCCUGGGAGUUCUGGGAGGAAGGGAGGUGAGGUGGAGACAGGCGGGGCGGUUCCGGAAGGAGUGAGAGCACUGGUGCCGCCCCUCGCUCUCGAUCCAGUCAAGCUGCCCACUAUCAUCCCGGUGGAUCGCUGCUGUCGGGGCGACCCCUCAUCCCAGCCAGCAUUGGCAGCGCUGCACAGCGCGUUGCACGAGGAGAUCGAGGCGUUCUGCCUGCAGGUGAUGGGGGAGAUGCGCGCCCGCAAGCCCUACCAGCUCGCUGCUAUCACCAAAGUCUCGCGCACGCUGCAGGUGCUUUGGCCGCGCUCCCGAGUGUCGAUAUUCGGCUCAAACGCCACGGGCCUCGCCCUGCCCUCCAGUGACGUCGACAUCCUCGUUCACCUGCCGCCUGUCAGAAACCUGGAGCCGAUAAAAGAGGCGGGUAUUCUGGAGGGGCGCAACGGCAUCAAGGAGACGUGUCUGCAGCACGCGGCGCGCCACCUGGCGGACCAGGAUUGGGUGAAGAGCGACUCGAUCAAGACCAUUGAGAACGCCAUGAUGCCUUUUGAAACGACUGAAAAAGCAGCAGGAGGGAGUGGGGAAGUGCAAGUGGCUUUUGAGACGACUCCCAAGGCAGCAGCAGCAGCGGGAGGAGAGGUGCAGGUGCAGCAGGUGCAGUUGUCUUUUGAGACGACUCCAAAGGCAGCAGCAGCAGCGGGGGCGGGGGAGGUGCAGGUGCAGGUGGUGAGGGGGGGGGCGAGGGGCCCAUGGGGCAAUGUGGACGACCGUCGGAACGUGCGCCUGGACAUCAGCUUUGAGGGUGGCUCGCACUCCGGCCUGCGCACUGCUGAGCUGGUGCGGGAGCUAACAGCGCAGUUUCCAGCCAUCCCACCGCUGGCGUUGGUGCUGAAGCAGUUCCUCACAGACCGCAGCCUGGACCAUCCCUACACCGGCGGCCUCUCCUCCUACUGCCUC